AUGCUGAUUUUUAGAGUUGGCAAAUUAAGGGGAAUUGACUCAUUUCUGUUUGUUCUUUCAAUUGUACAAUAUAUAGCUGCAGCAAAUCUAAUUAUACCGAAAGAUCCUGAAAAAAAUCCAAUACAUACUAGGCGAUCAACUGACAGUGUUCGCGAAAAAUCUAAACCUAACCAUGCGAUAAAAAGUUCUGAACGACAACGAUCUUUCUCAUAUUCGGAUGUUUCACCAUUGAUUUCAGAUAUAUCGAAUCCUCCAUCUCCAUCAACUAAGCAACGUGCUCCAGUUGUCUAUCCUGCCUUAUUAUCACGGGUUGCCGAAGCGUUUCAAAAAAAUAUUGUACUUUCAACUAAUAAAAAAGAUGAUCUUGAAUAUAAAGGAAGUUUUGAUGGAAGAGAAGCGGUUGAUAUUAUUGCAUAUAUUAUAAAAACAACUGAUAGAAAUUUGGCAUUAUUACUCGGACGAGCUUUAAAUGCACAGAAAUUUUUUCAUGAUGUGACAUAUGAUCAUCGUCUACUAGACUCUCACAAUGAGUUAUAUCAGUUUCAGAGGAUGCCUUCAUUUUUGGCAGCUUCAGAUGAUUAUGAAACCACAGCGGAACAACAAAAGGAAGAUUUUAUAGAAGAAAAUGAUCUACCUAAUGGGGUAUUUACACUUCUAACCGAUUGUUAUUCACCCACUUGCACAAGAGAGAGUGUCUGUUAUAGCGUGUCAUGUCCGCGAAGAUUAGAACAGAAAGCUCGUAUAAUGAAAGCAAAACCAGAUUUGGAGCGUUCUCAGGAUCAUAAAUUAUGGAUUCAUUCAGUUUCUCCUGAGAUUGCUAACUCAGUAUCAGAAAAAGAAAAAAAACGGCAAGAAGCGAUCAAUGAAGUUAUCUAUACCGAAAAGGACUUCGUUCGUGAUUUAGAGUACCUUAGAGAUAUAUGGAUGAAACCACUUCUUUUUCAAAAUAUUGUCCCUGAAGAACGGCGCGAAGAAUUUGUCACCCAAGUUUUUCAUAAUGUAUUGGAUAUAUUCGAAGUAAAUUCAAAACUUGCUGAUGCAUUACAAAAACGACAGAAUACAUAUGCAAUCGUGGAUCAAAUUGGGGAUAUAUUCCUAGAAUUUGUACCUCGAUUUGAUGAACCUUUCAUUGAAUAUGGUGCUCAUCAGUUGUUGGGUAAAUAUGAAUUUGAAAUGGAAAAAAAUGAUAAUCCAGCAUUUGCUAAGUUUGUUGAGGAUACUGAACGUCGCCCAGAAUCUCGAAAACUAGAGUUGAAUGGAUAUCUUACUAAACCAACCACACGCCUUGGACGAUACCCUCUACUACUUGAAGCUGUGCUUAAACAAACACCCCCAGAGCAUCCGGAUCAAACAAAUCUUACCAAAGUCAUAAAUAUCAUUAGAGAAAUAUUAACGAAUGUUAAUAUUGAAUCAGGAAAAUCUGAAAAUCGAUUUAAUUUGCAACAAUUAGAUAAUCAAUUAAAAGGAAGUGAAUAUUAUACGGAGUUGAAAUUAACUGAGCCUGGAAGACAACUAAUCUAUAAAGGCACAAUGAAGAAAAGAUCUGGUGCAGGGGAAUCAUCUGAUCUUCAAGUUUUCUUGUUCGAUCAUGCUUUAUUGAUGGUGAAAGCAAAAAAAAAAGAACAAUAUAAGAUCUAUCGAAAGCCGAUACCUCUAGAAUUAGUUACCACAUCAAUAACUGAAAAUAACAUUGAUUCUAUUCAAAAAAUUCCCAAACGACCACCUUCGAUACUUCCCGCCGGUGUAAACAAUGUUCGUGAUAAACAAUAUGCAUUGACCUUUACCUGCAUAGGAAAGAAAGGAUUUUCAGUUACAUUAUACGCGUCUACAGCUAUAAGUCGUAGUAAAUGGAUAGAACACAUUGAAAAGCAACAACAGCUUUUGCGUGAUCGAGGUCAAGUUUUCGAGAAAGCUACUUUGUUGGAGGGAAAAUACUUCGUUGGCACAAAUAAAGUUAAUUGUGCUGCUUUUUUUGAUGAUUAUCAAAAAUUAGCACUGGGUACGGAGGAAGGUGUAUAUGUUGCAGACAUUGGACAUAGUCCAAAACCACCUAUUCAGGUUUUACAUUUAGAAAAAGUAUCUCAAAUUGCGGUAUUAGAAGAAUUUCGAUUGCUUUUAAUUUUGGCUGAUAAAACAUUCUAUUGGCUUCCAGUUGAAGCUUUGGACCCUGAAGACACAAAUUCUAAUAAGAAACCGCGUAAGAUCACUUCGAAUGCAAGUUUCUUCAAAUAUGGCGUAAGCUUGGGUAAAACAUUAGUUGCAGUGGUUAGAACUGCCGGUUUGGCGCAAUCAAUUAUAAAGACAUUUGAACCAAUUGAACUAAGCGCCAAGAGUAAAACAAAAAAUCCCAUGAUAAAAACCCUUUUGCGUGGAGGAAAUGAAGCUCUUAAAGUACAUAAGAGCUUCUAUAUACCCCGUGAAUCAACAUCAAUACAUUUUUUGAAAAAAAGUCUGUGUGUAGGAUGCACAAAAGGAUUUGAGAUUAUAGACAUGGAAUUUUUUGCAACGCAAGCUCUAUUAGAUCCUGCUGAUGCUUCUCUAGAUUUUGUUCAAAAGAAAGAAAAUGUCAAACCAAUUGCGAUAUUUAGAAUUCCCAAUAGUGGUGGAGAUCUCUUAUUAUGUUACGAUGAAUUCGCUUUUUAUGUAAAUAAAGUGGGAUGGCGAUCUCGACAUGACUGGCACAUAACCUGGGAAGGCGCGCCGACUUCUUUCGCUUUUCGAGAUCCUUAUCUAUUAGCUUUUGAGCCUUCAUUUAUCGAAGUUCGAAACGUGGAAACAGGUUUAUUGGAACAAAUAAUUGAAGGUCACAAUUUACGCUGUUUAUAUUCCGAUAAUCGAGGCAAUAUUUUAGUUGUGACAAAUGAUCCUACAAGUGAUUGCUCUGAAGUUUUUUCAUUAAAUUUGUCCGAUGACCGAAGAAGCUCACUACUUUCUGAGGCUACCAGUAUUGCAACUACAAUUGUUGCACCUGAAGAAAGUGGGAAUCAUGGCAGAUUGGACUCUGCAGAAUGA